AUGCCCGAACAAGGAUAUCCACAGACGGGAAAACGCUUUGAGCCUAAGAACAUGCUCUUCAGAUAUCUUGGGGACACUGGGCUCAAGGUAUCGGUGCUGGGUCUUGGAGGAUGGCUCACGUAUGGUAGCGAGAACGGGGUGAAGGAAGUCGAUCAGACGGCAGAAUGUCUCCAGGAAGCAUGGAACCAUGGAAUCAACUUCUUCGACACCGCAGAGGUGUACGCCGAAGGAAAAUCCGAGAUCAUCAUGGGAAGGGCUCUGAAGCAGUGUAACUUUGAGCGGGACGACUACGUGCUCGCAACGAAGCUGUACUUUGGAGAUGGCGAGAGCCUCUUGGCCUCAUUGCCCAGAAACGGAUUCCCAAACAACCAUGGCUUAUCGCGGAAGCAUAUCAUUGAGGGCAUGAAGCGAUCGCUCAAGCGUCUUGAAAUGGACUCUGUCGAUAUUGUCUACGCUCAUCGUGCCGAUUUUUGGUGUACGCCGAUGGAGGAAACUGUCCGCGCCUUUAACACGAUUAUUGAAAAUGGCCAAGCUCAUUAUUGGGGAACCAGCGAAUGGAGUGCUUUCGAGAUCGAACAUGCUAAGCACGUUGCGACUCGUCUUGGCCUUCAAGGUCCAGUCGUCGAACAGCCUCAAUACAACAUGUUUGUUCGCGACAGAUUUGAGGCGGAAUACGCCCCUCUAUAUAAGCUCUAUAACUAUGGUACCACGGUAUGGUCGCCACUGUACCAGGGGAUCUUAACCGGGAAAUAUAACGAUGGGGUGCCAGCCGACUCUCGGUAUGGUAAAAUCUCAAAGAGCUCGGCAUCGAAAUUUGAUCAGCCGGAGACGAAGGCCCAGAUCGAGAAGGUCAGGAAGCUUACCAAGGUUGCGGAGAAGCUUGGCGGCUCAGUGGCAUCUCUGGCUUUGGCCUGGGUUAUCAAGAAUCCCCAUGUCUCAGUUGCGAUUCUUGGCGCUACGAAGGCUUCCCAGAUUACCGAGAACGUUAAGUGUCUUGAGCUUUACCCGAAGAUGACAGAUGAGGUGAUGAAAGAGAUUGAGGAGAUUCUGAGCAAUGCUCCUAAGAUGCCGGGACCUAGUGCGCCAAGCCGAGCGCAAAUGACUCUGAACAAGGCGCUCAUGUAA